AUGGGUCGUCAAAGAAUUGGUUUGGCUAGUGGUUGGCUCUGUAAAUUUAAACCAUAUGCUCCAAUUCGCAUGCCAAUCUUCAUCCAGAAGAGCUCUUUCAAGGCCCCAGAUGACGCCAGCAUUCCACUUAUUAUGAUUGGGGCAGGAACAGGCGUUGCUCCAUUUCGAGGUUUCAUACAAGAUAGAGCUUACAAACUCUCAUCUGGAUUUACUUCUAAGCAAGGUUAG